CUUCCAUAAACUCACAAUACCUUACCUUGGGUAGGAGGUACCUAAAAUAUCCACGUCAGCUGUUAAAUUGUUAAAUUGUUGCAACUUCCCAGCGAUCUCAGACAUUGUCUUUUCUUUUUCUUUAUUCAUCACUCUUUUCAAGACAACUUAGUGAGUUUACCUCGAUUUCAUCACUCGCCUUCAAACUGCGCUGUUCUUUGUCGCGGAUUACAGAAGACGUAACUCGGUACUUAUCUUAUACCAAAACACCAUAAAUCCAAAAUUGACAACUUCUGGAUCUCGUCAUCACAUCAAACAUCGUCACUAUGAAGGCCGGAACAACAAUUAUGUAUGCCAACGAGAAGCUGGGCGAGCGCGUUACUAAAUACGCGGAGGCGCAAUCGCUUCAGCUCCCUAAGCCUAUCAAGGACUACCAUGCCCGAAUCAUUGAGGAGCGUAGCGACUCCAACUACAUGAUCUCAACCUUCCAGUCUCAAGCUCUCAUCUUCUUUGCCCGAGCCAUUGGUGCCAAGCGAGUGCUAGAGAUUGGUGUCUACGUUGGAUACUCGGCUAUGAUCUGGAGCCACGCUAUCGGCCCCCAGGGUAAAGUCACCGGUCUUGAGUACAGUGAAGAGUACGCCAAGUUGGCACAGGAGGCAUGGAAGAAACAAGGCUACGAGAACAUCGAUGUUCACGUCGGUCCUGCUGCUGAAACCCUCCCGAAGCUGGCUGAUGUAAGCGAACCUUAUGACAUCAUCUUCAUCGACGCGGAUAAGACAGGAUACACCGGCUACCUAAGCCAGAUUUUGGAGAUGUCGGCUCCGGGCGCCAAGAACCGACUUCUCCGACCCGGCGGGAUCAUCGCUGCGGACAACACACUCCGCCAUGGUUUAGUUGCCGACUCCAGCUCGGAUAACCCUUGGCAAUCUGCCGACUUCGACAAGGAGGGCUCGGUACCGGCGGCCAACGUGGCUGCUAUCCGCGAGUACAACGAUCUCGCGGCUGCGAAUGACCGCCUGGAAACGUUCCUGGUUCCGCUGUGGGAUGGUCUGCACUUAUCCAGACUGUUGGACUAAGUUGCCUGUCGGGGUUUUGCUGAGUGAUGGUGAAUUUGGGCUUGCUUGAUUGUCAAAUCCUGGCUUCAUUGGCAUUCCGAAUUUCAUAGCUCUUCUACGCACAUGUUGACACCUGACGAAAGCAC